AUGUACCAAGGUCUAUUUUCCUUAACACUAUGCUUUUUUAUCUUCAUAAACCAACAAUCAUCUGUUUAUUCACAAUAUGUCUCGGGUAAUUUUACUGAUGCUAUUCCUGACUUGCCUAAACCAAGAGCAUGUAAAGACAAUGAUCUUAAAUGGAGAACAUAUGAUGGAAGUUGCAAUAAUAUCGAAAAUUCAAAUUGGGGUGUACCAUACAAUGCUUUUGAUAGAGGCUAUUUUGAACCUAACUACAAAGAUAAAUAUACUGGUCAACCUUGGUCAACCAUUGACACUAGAAUGAUCUCAAACAUUUUGGGCGAUAGUGGUCAAGAACCCAUUAUUUCAGGAAGUCCAUUGACUGACGACCUGCCGUCAACUGCAAGAAAGUCUAUAUUUGAAAUUUUUUUUGGUCAAUUUAUUAAUCAUGACAUAGAAGAUUCUCCGUUAAGCUCUGUCUCGUUAGGAAUUUCUAUUGCAAAUAUAACAGAUGAUCCCGUACUUAAUUCUAAACCAAAUAAUCCAUUCAAUCCUACACAAACUCCUUUAGACUCCGGUAAUUCGUAUCUUGACCUAUCAAAUAUUUAUGCUGCAAAGGAUGAUAUGGCAAUUGGUCUUCGUACAAAGAAAGAUGGAAAAUUAUUGUUGGAAACUUAUUUUGGAAACGGUGGUGCUUAUAAUAAAGCCCUUACAAAUGUAACUGCUGAUCGAAUGGCUCCAAGUCCCGGAAACACUAAUGUUUAUCCUAAUCUGUCGCCACCUUCUAUCAGAGCUAAUGAUGCCAUGGUUAGUGGUGAUACUCGUUGUUCUGAAAACAUCCAAUUAUGUAUUAUUACUACUAUUUGGAUUCGUGAACAUAAUUGGUGGGCUGACAAAAUUUUAAAUGAUGACCCAUCUUUGAAAGAUAAUGAUGAAGAAAUUUAUCAACGCGCUAGAAGGAUGACAAUCGCUGAAUAUCAACACAUUAUAAUUAAUGAAUAUCUACCCGCUGUACUUGGUGUUAAAGUACCUCCUUACACAGGUUAUAAUUCAUCUUUGCGUCCGGAAACUUCCGUUCAUUUUGCCGGUGCUGCCUUUCGUUAUGGUCAUUCAAACGUCCGUCCUUAUAACAUCAUCGAUGGUUGUACGGGAAAUCUUAUUGAACUUCAUCCUGACUUUUCAUUCCCAAAUUCUCAUCCCAAUCGUUUCUUCUUUGUUGGCAAAUCGGUUCCAAUUCCACCUAUGGCCAAUUAUACUCCUCAACAGUUAGAUUAUACUCCUCUAAGAAUGUUGACUCUCGCUUCCGGUUCUCAAGGAAAUGGAAUGGAUAACAUUCUUGCUAGUAUGCUGAGAGAAACUGCCGCAAAGUUUGAUUUACUUUUCACAACUGCAUUAAGAAAUAUCCCUGCUCCUUUGGAUUUGUUCGCUGUAGACAUUGGUGGUCUAUAUAAAAACAAAGAAUGUGAAGGGAAUUCCGAUGUCGACUCAAUUGAAUGUUUUAAACUUAUAACGUCCAAUGAAACUGCUGCUGCCAAUUUACAAAAAAUUUAUAAAAAGGUUAGCCAAAUUGAUGCAAUAGUUGGAAUGUUUGCUGAAGAUAUGGAAAGUCCAACAGCUCCAUUACCACCAACAAUUUCUGCCAUAAUAAUGGCUGAAUUUAUACGUAAAAGAAGUUCUGAUCGAUUUUGGUAUGAAGGUGAAACUUAUACUGACGAGGAGAGAUCAAUCAUAAUGAGCACUUCUAUGAAUGAUAUUAUCAUGAGAAAUACGAAUGUUAGGAAUAUACAAGUUAAUCCAUUUAAAUCUCCUGGUACAAAAGAUCCAUUAG